GAAACCUCAAGAAAAACAAGGAGCAAGAAACGGUGGAACCCCCCAAAAAUCACGUUGGAUCACAGGAUUAGGAAACCAACUCAUUGUAACCCUCCGAAAUCGAAUUCUAAACCAGGCAUCGCUCUCCCUUAUCAUCCUCUCACCAAUUCCCCCUUCAAUACCCAUCUCUUCCCUCCUCCAUCAGGAAGGGUUAGAGACCCCAAAAGAAGAUCCAGCGCUUUCCCUGUUGCAAAAAGCCUUUUUAGCUGCCGAAAUGGGACUCAAGUUUUGGGCCGUGUUCCUGCUCCUGUCCUUGGCCAUGGUGGCCGAGUCGUCGCCCUACUCCUUCGGCUUCGUCGGGGCCGGCGACCUAAGCAUGUCGGUGGGUGACUCCAUCGGUGCAUUCAAUGAGAUGAUGCUGGACUCCGAGAUCAACAGGCGACAGCUCGCGGGGCGCGGCAGGCACAUCAGCUACAACGCCCUCAAGAAGAACAACGUCCCGUGCAGCCGGCGUGGCCAGUCCUACUACAACUGCAAGAAGAUGAAGAAGGCUAACCCAUACAAACGCGGCUGCAGUUCCAUCACGCGUUGUAAGAGGGUUACGGGCUAAAAAGCCGAACCGAACCAAGAGGGGGAUUAAGUUCACAUGAAAGAGAGAAAUGUGAAGGGUUUAAUUGUUUGCUUUGCUUAAUGACAUUGAUUUCCUCCGUAAGA